AUCAUGGAACCUCUAACAUUGAGCGUUCUACAUCUGGCCCCUCUGACCCUCCUAUCCUCAACCAACGAUGACUCCCCAUCUUUUGACCCUGUACCUUCAGCCGACUCACCCUCCAUCCCCAUCCCUCCUCCUCCAACAACCUUCCCCUUUUCCCAAUCCCCUCAACUCGCUCAUCCUAACGGUGUCGUCUCUCUCGGUUCUCCACUUUCCCUCGGACUUCAACUGCGCAACUCCCAUGUGCAGAAACAUGACGUACUCGGAGUCAGAAUGAUGGUUGAGAUUCAAUCUCCUUCUAUCAAAACUCGACUUGGUGAGGUUAUCCAUCGAACUUCUUCCCCAGUGGACAAAUCGGAUUUGGAGAAUGUUACAGAGUCGGAGGAAAGUACAGGUUUCUCGGUUUUGAAAUAUGACGAAGCGGUCAAUUUAGAUUCAGUAUGCGAGAUGAAAGAAUUAGGGAAUCAUAUGAUUAUUUGUUCGGUAGCUUGGGAAACUUUAGAUGGGAGGAAAACUUUUCAACGGUUUUAUAGGUUUACAGUCAACCCUCCAUUAGCUAUGAAAACUCGUGUCAAACCUCCUCAAUCAUCAAAUCUCCUUUUGAACCCUCUUCGACGUGAAGACGUUUAUCUGGAAAUACUAAUGCAAAACGUUUCUAAAGAAGGUAUCCUUUUCGAUAAAGUUUUACUUGAAGCUGUUCAAGGAUUGACUGCUAAAUCUAUCAUCUCUCAAACAACUGGAAAUGGUCUUACGUCAGAAACCAUGGUUGGAGCUUGUAUAAAAGGAGAAGGGGAAACACUUUUUCCUGGUGAUACUAGACAAUAUCUAUUUCUUAUCACUCCGGAUUUUCCUUCUUCUUUCGACAUGUCAGAUUCUGUGAUUUCGAAAACUUCUCAAACGACCAUUACCGAUCAUACAGAACAACAAGUCAUUCCAGCAGAUCGGCAGAAUGAAGAUUUCGACCACGAAGUAGAGAAGGAGACGGACGUGGAGAAGAAGACGGAGACGGAGACGGAGGCAGAAGGAGAAGAAGAAGGAGAAGGGAUAAUUGAGGAAACGAUCAAGAAAAAGAAAAUCUCAAAUUUCCCACCUAAUCAUCCUAAUGGAACUGUCCUUCCUUUAGGUAGAUUAGAUUUAUCUUGGCAUUCUGGACCAUACAGACACCCAGGAAGAUUACAAACAUCAACUUUGAAUCAACGUUUUACUCUUAAUUCAUCCCCAACAUCUUUUCCUCUACCGACACGUACGACUCCCGCUUCACCUCGACCUGUAUCACGAAAUUCCAUUUCUACCAACCAAACUUCUAUACCUCCCAUUCAAACGAAAGAUGAUCAAAUGACGGAAUGGGAAUUUGAUCUCAUCUCCAUCCCCACUUCACCCUCUUCUUCCUCCUCGUCGUCCACACUCAAAGUGAACUCAUCAUCCUUGGAUACGACCACCAUACAAAGCGUGGAUGUCGAACAUAUUAUAACGACACGUUGGCGAAUUAGUUUUCGUCAUACCACUCAUUCCUCAAUAUCAGAUCCUCCAUCUUUACCUCAAAUAGCUAUCCAACGUCUCUCCAUAACCCCUCAAAACGUUCCUUCUCAGGAUAUAAAAUCUACUCAAGGUAUGAGUGGUAUACCAGAUUUAUCAAUUCAACCACCUAGUAGAACUUCCACACCUAUGUCAUCUCGGGAUUCAAGAUCAAGACCUUUUUCUCCUCCUACAACACCUUCUACACCUGGUACACCAUCAAGACCUUUCACUCCUUUGAGUGCUCAAUUGAGACAAGCUACAAAUUCUAAAAUAUCAACAUCACCCUUAUCGAGAAAUACAAAUAUGACACCUUCUUCUUCCUCUACCAGUCUUUCCGGUUUGACGGGAGGAUCAAGUGGAAUGGAAAUGCGUAAAGGCACCAGUGUAGGUAUUACGUUGGAUCAGAAUAUGAAUUUAGAAGUUGAGAAAGAAAGUUUUCCACCUUUUCCCAGUAAACUUUCACCUUUGUCCGAUGAUGAGGGUCAAGUGGAGAGAGGAGAAUUGAAAUUUCUAGGACCCAGUUUGAUCGUUUUACCCCUUCAUAAACUUGAAUUAAGGGAAGAACGUUUAGGUCCGACAUAUGAGGAUACCGUACCGAUGCAGAAGUGGGAAGGUCAGGUGGAAUUUGAUCUCAGUUAUUUGGGUUGGAAAGAAGGUUUGAGUGAAUUGGGAGGAUUGAGAGUUUUGUUGAUGGAUAAUCAAGCUGUGGGACGGGAAUGGGAUAGUCUGGGGAAUGUUUGGGUAGAAGGAUGAUUUUGCGUCUUGUACUAUUAUGCCAGUACAAUCCAGUCUCAUUCUCAUGCUUGUAAGCUUUCCUCUGCAGCACAUUACCGAAU